GCAAUGCCACAGAAGCUGCAUUUCAAAGUCAUUCAUGCUUCUGGUCAAGAUGAUGUUUACAGGGCUAGUGAACUCAACUAUCACAGUCCUUUGACAAAAGGAUGGCAGUCUGCACGGUUUUGUUUGUAUCCACAAGACAUAGUCCUUCAGUUGGAAGAAAGGUCAAGGUUGAGGAAAAUCCAGAUCUUAUCCCAUCAGCAUCUUAUCUCAACAAAAAUCGAGUUCUUUGUUGGGGAUGUACCUGAUGGAACAGCAUUAACUCUGGAAAAUGUCAGAUAUGCAAGGCUAGGGUAUGUAUCCUUGUCAGACAAUGAGAAGACAGGCUUUAAGGCCCGAGAACUCAAGUCUGUUCAUGUAGAUGCAGUCGGCAAUUUCCUGAAGUUGAAUAUUCACAAAAACCAUGUCAACAAACAUAACAUGUACAACCAGGUGGGGAUAAUCGCUAUAAAUGUGAUAGGCAGUGAGAUCAGGAGGAGCUAUGAACUGACAGAUCCAGAAUUUCUGCUGGAUGAAACAAAAAUUGACAGAUAUUCUUCUUUAGAUGGAUUGAUUAAUAAGCCUGAUUACAUUUCACCACUGGAUGAUCUUGCAUUCGACAUGUACCAGGACCCAGAAAUAGCUCAAAUUAUUCGCCGACUUGAAAGAAGAAAACAGGAAGCAGUUUUACAGGAGCGUUAUGAUUAUGCAAAGAGGUUAAAACAAGCAAUUGAAGAACUGCAAAAG